CAAUGAAAAAAGGCAACAAUUAAAGGUUUCACGAACCGUUGCAACUGCCGCCCCGAACGCGCAAGAGCGUGUUCGGUUUGAAUGCAAGCAUGAUUGCAUCUGAGCAACCUAACAUCUACCUCGAUCUUGAGAGCAUUUCGACAACAAACCACGGGCACUCUCGAAACACCGAGCUGAUACCAGAAGUACGCAGGCUAGUGGCCGAGAACCACCAACUGCUCUGGCGUGUUAGGAGGCUCGAGAAGGCCUGCGCAGGCCAGCGUGUAAGCAACCUAGCAAUCGAGCGAAACAUUUCGUGUUUGUUCAACACGGCCGUGAUGGAGAUCUCAAGAAGAGACGAAGAAAUAUUUCGCCUCAGAGAGAAGCUGACUUCCCAGGCCAGAAAUCUGGAAGACACGACGGUCUUGGCCAAUUAUAAUUAAUACCCAUGGGUUAAGGAAUAAUAAGGAUUCGAUAUGCUGCCGGACUGACCUUUUUGGAAAAAAUGGAGUCGUAGCUGCACAAUACAAGGAGAUUUCCCUGAUUAUAAGACCAGCAGUCUUGAAUCUUGGGGAGCGUCAAUCCGUCACAGUUCCCGAAAGAUCGCAAACGUCGUGAUGAAUAUCGCCCCGUCGUUGUUGACUCGUUGUCUUCUUGAAUCGAUUCCUCGCUCAAAACUCCCACUUAGAUUCUGAUACAUAUGACAGGUAGGGUUCGUCGCCGCCGCCUAUCCCGUCCAGAAGAACUAAGAAGCGUCCCGAACGAGCGUUCAACGCAUAAAUCACAUUAGCAUUUGUGUACUGGUCUUCACCCUUUCUUGAUCCAAUGCGUAUUUGAACUGACCCACCACAAGAGAUGUCGAUAACACCAUUAAGACGGUCAUCACAUACCACUUGCGCUAUAUUUGGAGCAUUGCCGCCCGGAUCAACAAAAACCGCGGAAAUCGAGUUGGCACGUACGGCGAAGAUAUAGGCGAUGCCAUUUGGAGCUAUGCAGAACCCUCCGGCGCCAUCCAGCUGUUUGUGGCCGUUUGGAUUCCAUUCUUCAGAUGGUUGGUUGAUAAAUAUCCCAGCGGCAUAUCGUCCAUUCGACUGAAUCAUACCUUGGAGAACAGGGCGCGUGCGCGUCGUGGUAUUGACUACAGCAAAAGUCCCGCCAUUCGC